CUUUUUUGCGUCAAUUAUGAUCAUUAUAUUAUGAUAAUGUACUACCAGUCCUGACAAGCAGCUCCGGGAGGAGGAAAAACACACACASAGACACAUUAAACAUUAAUAAUAUUAACAACAAUAGCUCUUUACUUGAUCACUGCUAACACACCUCCCAGUCUAGUCCAGGGCUAACUGAGCUUACGGGUCGAUCAUUUUUUUGAGACAACUAUUUUACCGAGAAAUACGAGCAAAAAAAUGAUGGACUCACCAUACAAAUCAUCGGCACCGGGCGAUGAUGAUGACGAUCGCAUAGACCUGUCCGACGCACUGCUCGCACAACUAUCAGGAUUAUAUAUGAACGAAAUGGCCAGCGAUAUAGUAUUCAUAGUCGACGGCCAACGAAUCUGUGGCCACAAGUUUGUCGUUUGUUUGCGUUGCGAUUAUUUUCGGCUAAUGUUUGGCUCCGGACUACGGGAGUCCAUCUCUCACGAAGUGGAGAUCAAAGAUACACCGAUAACGGCAUUCAAAGAUGUUCUCUAUUUUAUGUAUACCGGAGUCAUCCAUCUGAACAACAAAUCAAUUGACGACAUCAUCGAUAUAUUAUAUUUAGGCCAUCGAUACGAAAUGCGUGAACUGGUAGUAGCCAUCACUGACUAUAUGUCUUUGCAUAUAACAAUAGACACGGUAUGUGUCAUUCAUGAAACGGCUUCACUGUUUGGCCUGACAUCGCUGGAGAGACAGUGCCAACAAUUUAUGUUAUAUAACGGCUAUCAAUUGCUGGCCAACGACCAGCUCAUGACUUUGGACGCACAGACACUGAUCCAACUGUUAACUAGUGACGAGUUUUGUGCCGAAGAGAUUGAUAUAUUCAACGCAGUCGUCAAAUAUAUCCAAAUAAACACCGCCUGCGGCUCCGAUACCGAUGAGGACACUGGCCGUAAACUGUUGGCAACUGUCCGCUUGUCGCACAUUUCGUGGAACGAUCUGAUUGCUUAUGUCUGGCCAUCGGGUUAUUAUCAAAGAGACGAACUCUUGUCCACAAUUGACAACAACAACACCAACACCGCCGCCGGCGCCUGUAAUCGACAAGUGGUCGACAAUUAUCGCAACAACUCGAGAAUGUGCUGUAAAUCAAUAAUGAGUUUACAGGAAAUGUCUCCAUAUCUUGUCGAACAAUCGGUACUCUAUUGUCGCCGAUUUGAUCCAAACGUUUCGUCCAUUGUCCAGAAGAUUCCCGGUUCGGUAACCUUUGACCUGAAUUGUGUACAUUUUUGCAAUUAUCUUGAACUGGAUUUUGGUAAUUGCGAAAAAACUGGUUAUUCCUAUUAUAUUGAAGUUGCAGCCGAUAAUAGUGAUCACAAUUGGAGACGUAUUAUCGACUAUACAGACUACCGGUGCCAUUCAGUACAGUACAUAUACUUUUCGAAGACAGCCGUCAAACGAUUGCGCAUACAUUGUACGUAUAGCAAGAGUGGCGGAACCAACUUUAUCAUCAACAAUAUUAAACUGACUGUCCAGGACGUGCCCACCAAACUCUAUACUAAUGGUUUACGGGGUGCCGGCAGACUAGAUACUAGUAGUGACUAUACCUGUCAUAAUACAAACAAAUGCUAUGAACCGCUAUACGGCCCACAAUUGGAUAUAUCGAAAGCCCUGUCCGCCAAACAACAGUCCAUUUUGAAGACACAAUAACUAAGUUAUAUAGUGAUAUGAUUUUUUAUUUAUGUUUUAUUUUUAUAAAUAUAAGUU